AUGACAUCCUCUUUGGCGGCUGAUGGGCUUCCAAGAAGUUUCAUCUCUGGCUUACCGUGGCGAGGAGAUGCGGCUUUCAAAGACGAGCCGCCGAAAGGGGAACUCUUCUGCGAGAAGAUGCGGCAAGCCUUGGAGCCACACCCGGUCGGCAGUGCUGCAUUUAACCAGGUGGAUAUUUCGAAAGUCCCGAUGCUGCCUGCUUGUGUCGACUACUUGUUCCGGAUUCUGCGGGACAAGUGUGUUCGCGUGGACAGGUUGAAGGCCUUUGACUGUGGACUUGACGACUCCACAUCGAAAGCAAUUGCCGAAUGGAUUCACUCCAUGCCUGCGGAAAACUUGCCUAGCGAGCUGCAUUUGUCACACAACCGCAUCACUUUGAGCGGUUUUCACGAUUUGGUGCAGGCAAUUGAGUCGAAAUGGCGCCAACUUUCAAGACCUCCAGUGUGGCUUCGUGUCGAGGGGAAUGGUGUGGACGAUUCUGCCAUUUGUGCUCUUGUUACAGCCGGCCGGGCCGUUCUAGCGGCUAGCCUGAGAGCUCCUGAGCGCCAGAGCGGCAAGGUGCCUUUGUCAUUUCCAUCUUUUCAUGGAAAGUCUUUGCAGCUUCACGAUGCACCGUUCCAGCUGAAGCCAUUCCAGCGUCAAAAUGAAAUGUUUGGUGGGUCCAAUGCAAAAACACAUGCCAACUGCCCCAGCAACCUCCCAAUGUCGAAUGCUGCUCUCCUCGCCAGUGACUUCCAGGCAAGCAGCGCCUCAGGAGUCAGCAUGCAGAGCACCCCUUGCAAUGUGCAGUCUGCUCAUGUGUUCCCUCCACUCCCACCUUUGCCAUCUGAUGGCCACGGACCCCCCACAAUGCAUUCGAGUCCUUCAAGCUGGGCAGCCCACGGACCCAAGGAAAUGACCAUCACAGCAAUCUCUCAAAGCCAUCGAAGUCAUGACAUGCCCUUCUCGCACCCAAGCCGCGGGGGCUCUGCGGGCCAAAUGCAGCACUUCGCACCCAUAAACUCUGGGCUUGGAAGCCCCCAGCCUCCUGCCAUGCAGGCCAAUCAUGGUAGCUGGGGUUGCAAUGGGGUAGGGUGUGGGGUGUUUGGCAACUGUGGCUGUGGUGGAUGUGCUGGUGCCUUCAGUCCACCAUUUGGAGGCCAGCAAGGGCAGCAAAUGCAACCCGCGCAAGAUCAGUUGUCAUUUAUGCAGCAGAGCCAGAUGCAACUUAUGCAAUCACUCCCAACGCAGGAGUUCCAAAGCAUGCGAGGUCACACACACCUGCAGCCAGUGCAGCCAAUGCAUGCCACUGGACACCCCCAGCUUCAAAGCCCUACUCAAAGCUUCACAGGCCCUCAACUUUCCGCACAACCAGCCUUUCAGCAUCCCUUCGAACAUCCCACACCCACGGAGCAACAUUCUCAGCGAUUGGUUGGCUCACGUGGACGUUCUCGCAGCCCGCGCCACGGCGUGGAAUCAAGAAGUGCACCUCAAUCUGGCGGUGAGCUUGUGUGA